GCGCGCGCGCGCGCCGAGGGCGUGUUUGGGGUGUGUGUGGGGGGGGAGGCCCCCGUCCCGGGCGCCCCGUAUCCCAUAACAAUAACGGCGGCGGGAACGGCAACGGGAACGAAGCGCCCGGCUCCCGCCAUGGGCUGUACCCCCGCCCGCCCCCUGCCCGCCGCGCCGCCCGCCGCCGCCCCGGCGGCCAUGUGAGCCAUGGCGGCGGCGGCGGGCGGCGCGGCGGGGCUGGCGGCGCUGCUGGGCAGCGCUUCCCCGCACCUCCUCAUCGUCUCCGCCGCCGAGGAGCCCGCCGGUGGUGGCGGCGGCGGUGGUGGUCACCCGGACGCCGACCUCCUCCUCUUCGCCACGCCGCAGCCCGCCCGCCCCGGCGCCGCGCCCAGACGACCCGCCUUGGGCCGCCCGCCGGUGAAGAGGAAGCUGAACUUGGAGACAGAUCACCAGUACAUAGCAGAGAGCCUGCCGGUGGGCCGGGGCAAGGCCAGGAACCCCACUAAAGGGACAAAGUCUCCUGGGGAGAAGUCCCGCUAUGAAACCUCGCUGAACCUCACCACGAAGCGCUUCCUGGAGCUGCUGAGCCAGUCGCCUGACGGCGUGGUGGACCUCAACUGGGCGGCCGAGGUCCUGAAGGUGCAGAAGAGGCGCAUCUACGACAUCACCAAUGUCCUGGAGGGCAUCCAGCUCAUCACCAAGAAGUCCAAGAACAACAUCCAGUGGCUGGGCAACCAGGCCACUGUGGGGGCCCCCGGCCGGCAUCGGCUGCUGGAGAAGGAGCUGCGGGAGCUGCAGGCAGCCGAGCGGCAGCUGGACGAUCUCAUCCAGACGUGCACGGUGCAGCUGCGCCUGCUCACCGAGGACCCUGCCAACCAGCACGCGGCCUACGUGACCUGCCAGGAUCUCCGCAGUGUUGUGGACCCCUCGGAGCAAAUGGUGAUGGUCAUCAAAGCCCCCCCGGAGACCCAGCUGCAGGUCUCGGACCCAGCAGAGGCUUUCCAGGUCUCCGUGCGAAGCACUCAGGGUCCCAUCGACGUCUUCCUCUGCCCCGAGGACAGCUCGGGGGUCUGUAGCCCCGUCAAGAGCCCCUUCAAAGCCCCUGCAGAGGAGUCAUCUCCCAGCCAUUCGCAGCCCAGAGCUUCCCCGCUCCUGCAUCCCGCCCAGGACGUGAACAUGCCGCUGCUGCCCGGAGAGCAAGAGACGCUGCUGCCGGGGACGAGCGCGCUGCCCAGCAAGUGCCCGGCGGAGGAGGUGAGCCUCUCGCCACUGGCCUCCAUGGACGCCCUCCUGGAGCACAGCAGGGAGGAUUUUUCGGGUUUCUUGGCGGACGAGUUCAUCAACCUGUCGCCGCCGCAGGUGCAGGACUAUCACUUCGGCCUGGAGGAGGGCGAGGGCAUCAGCGAGCUCUUUGACUGUGACUUUGGGGACCUCACGCCCUUGGACUUCUGAGGCUCUGCCUGCAUGCUCGGGGGGGGCUGGGGGGUGGGAACUGCCAGGCUUGGGGGG